AGUUAUGGAAAUUAUCGUUUUGUAGAUUUUAUAGGGGAGCUAUGGCCUUUAAAACUGAUAACGGUGACAGAUAGUACACCUUAAGGACUGAUAAGAAUGAAAUUGAUAAAAUUAUUAUGAAUUUGAGGCUACAAAACAAAAAGUAGACAUGGUGCUUAAACAUAUCGGCCCGUUUUCCUCGCUACACGCGAAAUUCAAAGAAUCAUGCCGUACGGACGAUUGGUCGGACAGGAUGAACCACCUGUACACAGCAUGCCUCCUGCUAUGUUUUGCCAUUCUUGUCAGUACGGCUCAAUUUGUAGGUGAAAACCGGAUCAAAUGCUGGGUGCCGGCAGAACUUAAAGACUUCCAUGAGAAGUACACCAAUGAUUACUGUUGGAUAAGUAAUACAUACUACAUCCCAAUGUUGGAGAGCAUCCCGACGGAUAUUCCGAAACGCCAGGAAGCGGAGAUAACAUAUUACCAAUGGGUGCCAUUGAUUCUUGCCUUUCAAGCAUUUCUGUUUCAUUUCCCGAAUUUCAUUUGGAACGUACUCAAUUUGAAUUCUGGACUCAACCUUGGAAAAAUCCGAGCUUUAGCUGACCAAACACAGUGUGGAGACCCAAAAGAGCGAGAAAAGGUCGUUGAAAAUAUAUCCAAACUUUUACAACGUUGGAUUGAAAUUCAACGACAGUAUAAACACAAUUUCGUGGCACGCGCCAAGGCGAGGUUUUCUCACGUGUUUUGUUUCUACUGCAAUAAAAGAGAAGGCAAUUUUCUGACGGGACUUUAUUUAUGCACCAAAGUGCUGUAUAUUGCCAAUGUUAUUGGUCAGUUCUUCAUGUUGAAUUCCUUCUUGAGUACAGAUUUUGGAAUGUAUGGAUUCGAGUACAUUAGAAUGAUGCGGGAUGGUGUUCCAAUGAGAGAAAGCCCAAGGUUCCCAAGAAUCACCCUCUGUGAUAUGGACAUUCGUCAGCUACAAAACAUACAAAGAUGGACAGUCCAGUGCGUAUUACCUAUCAAUCUUUUCAACGAGAAGAUCUUCAUUUUCCUCUGGUUUUGGUUCUUCAUCCUUGCCAUUUUCACCGGACUGAGUUUCAUUAGGUGGGUAUAUUUGAUAGUGAUAAAGAAAAAUAACUACCAGUACGUGAAGAAAUACUUGACACUGACGAAAAAGAUGAACAGUGAGUCUGAUAAACAACUCUGCAGGCGGUUUGCUGAAGAUUAUCUCAGAAAUGAUGGAUGCUUUGUGGCUAGAACAAUCGGAAAGAAUUCAACAGAAAUGGUUGUAAUGGAUGUGUUGGAGUACAUGUGGAGGGAUUACAAACAGAAAGACGAACGGAAACACCCGGAAAACUCGUUCACAUGAUAAAACAUACACAUUGAACAAAAUACAUAUGCAUAAUGAAUGAAUAUCUGAUAAAAUGAUUAUAACUUUUGUGUGUGAUAAAAUACCUUUAUGUUUUCUUUUGUUUUCUUUUACUGUAGCGAAUGUUGUAAAUUAAUUUGUUAUUAUAAUCUGUGUUCAUAGUCGCUUUUCAUGUUGCAUCAUUUUUAGUUCACCUGUCACGUAGUGACAAUGUGAGCUUUUGUGAUCGCAGUUCGUCCGCGUCCGUCGUCUGUUGUCCGUCGUCCGUUGUCGUCGUCCAUAAUUUCCUUUAAACACGAUAGAGACCACCGUUUGCAAUCGAUUUUUAUCAAACUUGCACACAACUUGUAUUGGCAUAAUAUUUUGGUUCCUUUCGAAGACUGGCCAGACCGCGUCAUGGGUUCCAGAGUUAUGGCCCUUUAAAGGGCAAAAAUUUGCUAUUUUGGCUUUUUGCAGCCAUAUAGAGAUUUCAUAUAUGGUUUGACUUGAUACAAACUUGCAAAAUAUCUUUAACCACUAUAGAUCUUGGAUUGCAUGAUGAAUCUGUCAGAUCCAGUCAUAGGUCCUGGAGUUACGGCCUCUGACUGACACCUGAAAGAGCCAAAAUUUGUUAAUUUUUACCUUGUAAACACAAUAGUCGUGACAUUUCAUGUUUGAUUUAAACCACACUUACACACAAUAAGAGCUCGGUUCAAUUCGAAAUCCGGCUAGAUUCCAGCAUGGAUUCUAGAGUUACUACCCCUCAAAGGGGUAAAAGUUUGAACACAUCUGCGGAUGUCUCUAAAUUGUUUUUUGUACUUCUAACAUGUGUAAAUGUUGAAUUCUGCUCAACCCGGGGCUAGAGGGCUUGGACGGUAGCAUGCAUUUCCACUACCGUCCAUGAACAGGCUCAAUCGAUCCGAGCCUGCAACAUUUUCGUUUUUGUUGUGUUGAGCGACCUGUGGAGUUUCCACUUUUUCUAUUCUAAUUUGGCCCUUUCAGCCAUGUAGAGGUUUCAUUUAUGCUUUGAACUGAAACAAACUUGCAUAGAAUGUUUAUCUUGAGGAUCUCUAGGCCAAGUUUGAAACUGGAUUGUGUUGGAUCAAAAACUAGAUCACCAGGUCAAAUUAAAGGAAAAGCUUGUUAAGAGCCUAGUGGCCACAUUUAUUACCCUAUCUUCAUUAAUCUUGGCCAGAAUAUUUAUCUUGAUGAUUCCGAUGAAAAAUUUAAAACUGGGUAAUAUCGGGUCAAAAAAUAUGUCACACGGUCAAAUUAAAUGAGGUCACAUUAAUGAUCCUAUCGUCAUGAAACUUGGUCAGAAUUUUGAUGAUUUCUAGGUCAAGUUCGAAACUAGGUCAUGUUGGGUUAAAAACUAGGCCAUUCUCUCAAAUCAAAGGAAAAGCUUGUUAACACUAGUAGUUUUACGUAGACUUAUUUGUUUUUUGAAGCAAGGGCAAAGAAAUUUGGAGUACAAGUAUAAUGUUUGAUUUCAAUACUCAUCUUGAAUAGUCUAAAUCGUGACCUACUGACCUAUUUUUUCGUUUUUGAAGUUGCAGCAUAUAAAUGUUGACCACGUUUAUAACUUUUGAUACAGAUUUCAGUACUCACCUUAAAUAUCAAAACCUGACCCAUUGACCUACUUUCUUGUUUUUUGAAGCUAUAGCAAAGCGACUUUGACCACCUGUAUAAUGUCUGACACAGAUUUCAAUAUUCAUCUUGAAAAGUCUUAAUCGUGACCUACUUACCUACUUUCUUCUUUUUUAAGUUGCAGCAAAAUUUUGGACAACAUGUGUAAUGUUUGAUACAGAGUUCAGUACUUAUUUUGAAUAGCCUUAAUCGUGACCUACUAACUGACCUGCUUUCUUGUUUUUGAAGUUUCAGCAUAGAGAUUUGGACCACCUGUAUAAUUUUGAUACAGACGUCAGUACUCAUCUUGAAUAGUCUUAAUCUGACCUACUGCCUUACUUGCCUGCUUUUGAAGGUACAGCAUAGAAAUUUUGACCACGUGAUAACGUUUGACACAGAUUUCAAUACUCUUAUUUAAUAUUCUUAACCCUGACCCACAGACCUACUUUCUUGUUUUUGAAGCUACUGCAAAGAGAUUUGGACCACUUGUAUAAUUUUUGACAGAUCUCAGUUGUUAUCUUGAAUAUUUUUUAACAUUACCUACUCGCCUAGUUUUUUUUUAUUUUUGAAUUUAUUCAAGCAAGCAACUAAACAUAGGUGAGUGGUAUAGGGCCAACAUGACCCUCUUGGUAUAUCCACCCUUUAAGCGGCAAAAUUAAACAAUGGAGAGAAAAAACUUUUCAGAAUUGAUGCAAGAUCUCUUAUUUUUAAUUUAGACGCAUAAUUUUAUGUAAAGUAACCUCAAAUACAUUUUUGUCUUCCGAUGGUAGGGAAAAAAACAGACCUAGUUUGAUGAUUUUUUAAGAUGUGUUUUGCCUGAGAUUUCAAAUAUGCCAAUAGAUAUCGGAGAAGCUUCAUUUAGCUUGUUAGCACGACAAAUGCGAACCAUACGUAUUUUAACGUAAGGCUGAUCAUCUAUAUUAUCCUCUUUGGUUAUUUGUCUUGUUUUUUAAGGUAUGGCCCACCGAGUUAUGACAAACCAAAUUUUCAUAUUAGAAUUGUGUGAAUAUCCGUUAUUUGAUUGUUUUACAAAAGAAAACAAUUUGUGAUUAUGUCAGAGAUAUUUUCAAAGCAAAACUAAACAACAGUGUAUUGAUCAGAUAGAUUGAUUCUGAAAUGUUAUAUAUUUAUAACUGUUUGAUGAUUAACAGUUCAUACGCAGGAAAAAAGACACGGUGAACCCAUCUUGCAGCUAAUGCAAACGUACUCGUAUCACUGUAUAUAUACUAUUGUUGAGCUGAAAUAAAAUUUUGAUGAAAGCA